AGACUCUGGGCCUCGACGUCAGGAGCUGUCAUUAUCAAAUUCGCUUCGAGCAACACACACCCACCCAUAAAGACAGAGACACAAUGGCCUUUGAAAGCACCGUGGAGAUCACACGCGGCGGUGUGGAGACCAAGCAGGGCGCCCCGCAGCAGGAAACGCCCGUGGCCGACGACUCGUCGGCUAUGACCUUCGCUAUUCCGGCUCCUAUCGCGUCAGUGCGCGCCAACAUCGCGGCGUUCGAGGAGGACAGCAUCCGCAAGCUGCUUACACGCUACGAGGGCGCUGACGUCUUGCCGAAUGGCUGGCGCGAGGGCCCGAGCAACAAGGGCAUCCAGGUCGUCUACGGCGAAGUGGCCGGCAAGGGCAGCGAAUGGUACACCAUGAAGACGACAGGCAUGCUCCACGUGAGCGCCACCAAGGCUGCGCAGAUUCUUAUGCGCUGCGACAUGGUGCCUAAAUUCGACGAGAUGACGAAGGAGGUUAAGACUAUGGAGAAGCUCAGCGACGCCUCCGAGGUGCGUCGUGUGACGGCCAAGUCAGUCAUGUUCACGGCGGCGCGCGACUUCUCUGUCGUGUCGACCUACCGUGAGGAAGCCAGUGGCCGCAUCCUCAUCGCCACACGCUCAGUCGAGUACGUGCCCGAACGCAAGGGCUACGUGCGCGCUACCAUCCUGAUCUCGGGCUACGUGGUAACGCCACACCCGACCAACCCCAACAUGUGCGAGAUGAGUGUGAUUGCUCACAUGGACCUGGGCGGCAACUUGCCGGCUAUGGUUGUGCGUUACCUCGGUCUGUCCGCGCCCAUUAAGCUCGUCGAGAAGAUCCACGAGAUCACUCUGCGGGCAUAGAGCGCCGAUGCGUAACUCUUCCUCCAGAUUAAAACACAGUCAGAUAGCAUGUACCAAUAGUAAGCUAACCAUCAAGAACAACGUGGUUUUCCAAGUUUUAUCGAUUUUUUUGCCUUCUUGGGUGAGAGUCCUCCCCAUCCAACC